AUGCCCGCAGACACAGGCAUGACCACGGCCCAAUUCGUUUCCUACGUUAUAUUCAGCGUCAUCUCCCUUCCAGUUAUCUGGAUUCGCCCGCACCGUCUCGAGAAGUUCUUCCGAUUCGCCUGCACCAUCACCUUCGUCUUCUUCGUCGUCCUCCUCAUUUGGGCCCUGGCCACCAUGGGAUCCUCAGGUUUUGGGGACACCAUAACAUCUGGCUCCGCUCUUCCCAACACGGGCGGACCGGAUAGUGUGGCCUGGCUAAUGGUCUACGGCAUCGUCUCAACGAUCGGAUCCAUCGCCGCUGGUAUUCUCAACCAGAAUGACUACUCCCGCUAUGCGACGCAGCCGAAGCACGCCAUCAUGGGCCAGGCUAUCUCUUUCCCGUUCUAUAGCAUCUUUAGCUCUCUGAUCGGUAUUCUAGUCACAGCUGCUACACAGCAUCGCUUUGGGGGCGAGGCUAUCUGGAACCCGCCAACGCUCUUGGCCCAGCUCCUAGCCCAAAACGAGACGGCAGGAACAAGAGCGGCUUGCUUCUUUGCGGGGUUAUGCUUGGUCAUCUCACAGAUUGGCGUCAACGUACCCGGUAACGCCCUUGCUGGCGGUUUUGACUUGGCUGCCACGUUCCCAAAAUAUCUCAACAUCCGCCGGGGAGCGUACCUCACGGCUAUCUUUAGCGUGAUUGUCAAUCCAUGGCGCCUGGUCAACACAGCAACGACGUUCCUGACCGUGCUCUCAAGCUAUAGCGUCUUCCUUGCCCCGAUGACCGGCUUAAUGAUCUCUAGCUACAUGGUCGUCAACAGGAGGAAGAUCAACGUUGAUGAUCUAUACCGUGGCGAUUCGAACAGCAUUUACUGGUUUUCUUUCGGUUUCAAUUGGCGAGCCCUCGCAGCACAAGGAAAGUGGGACGUUACGCUGGCUGAGACGACUGAUAUCCUUGAGGUGCUGUCUGGACACGGGGGAAAGGCUCAUAACGCUGUCUCUAUCGCACCUGCUGCGGAAGAUGUGUGA